AUGACGGCGCGUUUAGGAUUGGCUCAGCUGUACCUUCGCUCUAAGCCAAUAGGAGAGAGGCAGUUUGCCUAUAUCAUACCGUUUCGAGGGCUCUCCCAGCUUACUUCAGUUUUGAAGACCGGUGGUAAGACUAGAGCUAAGGCCAAGACUCGUUCAUCCCGUGCCGGCCUUCAGUUCCCCGUGGGCCGUGUUCACAGACUGCUACGUAAGGGUAAUUACGCCCACCGUGUGGGAGCUGGUGCUCCUGUCUACUUGGCUGCCGUGCUGGAGUAUCUGACCGCUGAGAUCCUCGAGUUGGCUGGUAACGCCGCCAGAGAUAACAAGAAGUCUCGUAUCAUUCCUCGUCAUCUGCAGUUGGCCGUGCGUAACGACGAGGAGCUGAACAGACUGCUUGGAGGUGUAACCAUCGCUCAGGGCGGUGUGCUGCCUAACAUCCAGGCUGUUCUGUUGCCCAAGAAGACCGAGAAAGCAGCCAAGGCCAAAACCAAGCAGACCGCUCGUAAAUCCACCGGUGGUAAGGCGCCGAGGAAGCAGCUCGCCACUAAGGCUGCCCGCAAGAGCGCCCCGGCUACUGGCGGUGUGAAGAAACCUCACCGUUACAGGCCAGGUACCGUGGCUCUGCGUGAAAUCCGCCGUUAUCAGAAGUCCACCGAGCUGCUCAUCCGCAAGCUGCCCUUCCAGCGCCUGGUUAGAGAGAUCGCUCAGGACUUUAAGACCGAUCUGCGCUUCCAGAGUUCUGCCGUCAUGGCUCUGCAGGAGGCCAGUGAGGCUUACCUGGUCGGUCUGUUCGAGGACACCAACCUGUGCGCCAUCCAUGCCAAGAGGGUGACCAUCAUGCCUAAGGACAUCCAGCUGGCCCGCCGUAUUCGCGGAGAGCGUGCUUAA